ACCAGCUGGCCCGGAUAAAUACAGACGCGGCCGGAGCCCGGGCAGAGAGAAGCGAUCGAGGGGCCUGGUCGUCGUCCAAGGGAUGGUGGAGGGAAAGCGGCGUCCUAAAUAACACGAUACCGUCCAGCUCAGGCGGCAUCUCCGGGUUUCCCUUCUUGGCUAACCGAGGCGUCGUUAGAGCUUCUGCUUUGGACGCAGCCCAAGGCGCGCUCUUCUUCUCUUGCGCCUUUUAUAUUUUUAUUUUAUUUUAUUUUAUUUUAAAAAACCGGCGGGCGUCUCUCUCUUUCGGUUGCCCGCAAUGCCUUUUCUGGGGCAGGACUGGCGGUCGCCGGGCCAGAACUGGGUGAAGACGGCGGACGGCUGGACCAGGUUCCUGGACGGGAAGGAGCACGGCGGCUGCGACAACGAGAGGAACAGUUACUGCUGGAAAGAGGAAUUCAACAAGGAGAACAUCUUCCACAACCUGAACUGCGAUGUGGCUGCAAAAAAACGAAAGAAGGACCAGCUGAACAAUAAGACCAGGAUUCAGUAUUUUCACCAAGAAAAAUGGAUUUAUGUACACAAGGGAAGCACCAAAGAAGUGAGUACCCAUUAUUAUUUUAAACAAAUAAUCAUUUUCCUUGAAAAUUUCCCAUCUCUUCUGUCACUGUUUCCAUCGAAUGCGGUUGAUAACAUGGACUACAUGCCUUUGACAAGUGAUGGUGAUAUGGGAAUGUCCCUUUUCUCUCAUUUCCCCCAUCAAGUUCUAGAGGAUCAACAGAAUAUCAGACUGAUAAAAGAAUUGCUGCAGACUCUAUACAUGUCACUUUGCACCUUGGUCCAGAGUGUUGGCAAAUCCGUUCUAGUUGGCAACAUAAACAUGUGGGUCCACCGAAUGGAGAUGAUUCUUUAUUGGCAGCAGCAGCUGAACAAUAUCCAGAUCACCAAGGUGAGCAAAGGUGUCAGAAUAUUCAUGACUGGCAGAGACAUGGUAACAAGGUCAGCCGGCACCGAUCACCCCUGUACGGCUAACAACCCCGAAAGCUGCUUGACUGCUCUUUCGCCGCAAGACUUUAUCAACUUGUUCAGAUUCUGAAUUCCCAAAUAAUUUCACUCCCUGUCGUACUGUUCCGAUGGGACUCUUUACGCAGCUGAGCAAGAUGGCUCAGUUUGUAUCAUAGCUUGUAAAUAACACGGCUUGGUUGUUCCUGAGUCAGAGAAGACAAGAGACUUUUAGGAGGCAGAAGGAGCCAUAAUCUCGUGGCCUUGGACUCUUGAGAGAACAUAGCCUCCUAGUUGGACAUAUGUAAAAAGGCAAGAUUUUUGUAAAUAUUAAGCUUGGUGAGAAUUGGUGUGCAAGCUGUCGGGGACAAUCCAUUUAGGAAAUGCAAAGAAGAGUCAUCCUUGCAAAUAUUUGGAAAUGUCUUCUGGAUUUUCAAAGCUGGAGGAAUGACACGCUACCGUCAGGUUAAAACUUGGAACGGUUCCCAACUUUGCUUUUUAAUUUGUUUGCAGAAGAUAUUUAUACCUAAAACUUUUUUUAAAAAAGAGAUUUACAAUGAUAUAUCCCUUUAUUCUUAAAAAAAAAAAAGAACUGAAUCCAGAUAAAAUAAUAUCCCAGUUUCUACCUCUUGAAACAGCUUUCCAAAUAAACCAGUGUGUGGUAUGAAGCAUCUGUACGUCAUCUAAAGAGUUGUUGUUGUUGUUGUUGUUUAAAAGAAACUGUUGAUAGUAGCUUUCCUGGUGCUGCUUUUUGUUAACACUUAAGUUUUAAUUUAUCUGGCUGCCUUUUUUUGUGGUAUUUAAAUGUAACUGAGUUCUGGGAAAUUUGGAAAUUUCCCUAGGUCGAUCUUGGAUACCAUUGAAGGCGGACUAUGUGGCUUAGGAAACUGGAUAAACUACUUGAGUUGAGAUUUUACUAAAAACAUCAUGUUUCGAUUUGUCAACUUCAUGUGCAAUGCAGAGAUGUUUACUCAUUAUCUUAACAAAAAAACACCAAGAAUCUUUGUGCAAUUUCAAUGUGUAAGGUCACCUCUCAAUGAGGAUUGCAAUAUUUGGGCUACAAAAUACGAGCAGCCGCUAGAUGUCAGCAAAGAGUCACCAUUUCUUAAACUAACUCUUUGCUGACAUCUGCUGGUCGUUGCGCACUUUGCAACCCAGGAAUAACCACCUUAUCCUUAGAGGGCAUCCUAUGAUUUCAGGAACCCAGUUUGGCAGUUUCCGUAUCAUUUGAUGUUAAAAUUGGUAAUGCCACACAGGUUAUACCCAGAGCCUUCUUGGGAUAAAAAAUGAGUCAGCCAGGAAGCCUCUUCCUAAUGGUUAUCCUGAGUGUAGAUAGCAUAUCUGAUUUUAAGAAAAAAUAGAGAUACUGUACAUGCAUGCUACAUAUCCAAGUACCGUGUUUCCCCCCAAAUAAGACAGGGUCUUAUUUUCUUUUGACCCCUGAAAUAAGCACUUGGCCUUAUUUUCAGGGUGGUCCUGUUGUUUUUGGGGUGCAGGAGGCAAGCGUGGUGACAUCAUGGCUGCUGGUGUCUUGCAAUAUUUUCGGGGAGGGUUUCUUUUAGCACAUGCACUCAAAAGCCCAAUUGGGCUUAUUAUCCGGAGAGGUCUUAUUUUGGGGGAAACAGGAUAAUGACAUUUCUAGUCUCAAAUUCAGAUUUCAUUAUAGCUGAGAAAGAGUGUCUGAAUUACCAAGACAUUACCUUAGUCCUUGAGGCAUUCCCACAGUAUAGUAGGAAAAAUUCCCAUUUGGGCAUCGUCUUUGCAUCAGAGGUUGAGGGUUUGAGGCACUAAUGUGGUCAGGAAAAUAGGAAGUCAGACUGGAAUACAGGUAGUUCUUGACUUACAAUCAUCUGUUUAGUGACAAAGGUACAACAGCGACCCUUUUGUAGCGUUUAAAACUUCUCACAAUAUCCUUCUGAUCACAUGAUCAAAAUUUUGGCGCCUGGCAACUGGCAUUUAUUUACGACGGUUGUGGCAUCCUGGGGUCUUGUGACUGCCAUUUGCAACCUUCCCAGCUAAUUUCCAAUAAGCAAAAUCAAUAGAGGAAACCAGAUUCGCUUAAUAACCAU